CCACUUGGCUUCUUCUCUUUUUUUCCACCAGUGUGUGUUUCACUGUGAGGAGAGGAUAAACAAACAGAGCCCGAUGGGGGAAUGGAAAAGCAGCAGUUACAGUGAACACAUCAUCUCCACCUUUUACUGACUAACUGACAGCAGUUAGUCCGGUGUCCGUUAGUAACAGUUAGUCCGGUUACCGGGUUGGUGGUGACCGGGUGUUUAAGGCAGGCUGUGCUCUCGGUACACGGAUGCUCUGUCGGUGUGAAUAGCGAUGAAAAGAGCGAGAAUAGUUUGCUUGUCCUCACUGAACAGCUCGGUGGUGAAACUAACGGCUAACCGUUACUGGACUCCGGACCGUUUUCAAACGGCUUCUACAAAUGGAACGACGAGAACACUAACACACAGCGACCGUUAGCUUUUAAAUAUCACACAUUUUAACACAUUUUAACACAUUUUAACACAUUUUAACACAUUUUUUAAUUCAUUUUCAUUUCGCUCGUAUAUUCUUUUAUAUUUUAAGUCGAGCUGAGCUGUCGUCAAACAUGUUGACAGGAUCAAAAACCACCUUCAAAGUGAGACAAAUGCUCCCAGAUAUCAAGGAGAGGAUGCUGAGCCAGAGUGGCGUGAACGCGAGGAGUCGAGAUGUGUUCGGGCUACGCUGCCUACCAGGCGAGUGUGUGCUUCAGCGAGCUGUUAUGGUGAGGAAGAAGUUGACUGCCAGGGAAGGAAGAGGUUGGGUGUCUGGGACGCUCUUCUGUACCCACUUCAGAGUGGCCUUCGUGCCCCAGGACAGUCCCAAACCUGACGACAAUGCAGAUCCAGUGCUUUUAGGAGAUCAUGAUGUGGCUCUGGCGUCCAUAGAGAAGGUUGUGGUUGUGGGCCCGAACAGGACCAAGCUGGUGACCCCAAACUCCUCGCUGAAGUUCACACCAGAGGAGCUGGUGCUUUACUGUAGGGACCUGCGAGUCAUCUGCUUCCUGUUUGACCGCCUCACUCCUGACGCACAAGUCAUAGAGAUAACCUACACCAUCGCCAAGACCUACCAGCCUCCUAAACCAGGGUCCGUCUUAUCUUUCCAGAACGCUGCCCUUGGGAGUGUAGAAAUGAAGCAGUUUCUAAGCAACCGUCGCCGAAACACCCACAUGAACUGGUUUGAGUCUGCCUCAGACUGGGAGCAAGAGCUGGAGAGAUGCGGGGCCACUGGCUGGAGAGUCAGCUCAGUCAACGACCGCUUUGAGAUGUCCACCAGCCUGUCGAGAUCCAUCGUGGUUCCACAGAAGGUUUUAGACACUGAGCUGAAGAAAAGCUUCGCCCACUUCAAUGAAGGUCGCAUCCCUCGCUGGUGUUGGCGACACCCCCGAGGCAGCGAUUUACUGCGAAUGGCCAGCUUCCAGAACAACAUCUACCACGAGAAAGACGACAUCAGAAACCUGGAGAUGAUCCUGUUUGGUUGCCAGUCCUCUCUGUGUGUGGUGGUGGAGCUGGGCGAGGAGCUGCCCUCACCUGCAGAUAUCCAGCUGGCACACAGCCGCCUGCGCGCCCUCUGUCUGGGAGAUAUCUCCACAUCUGUGUCAGUGCCUGAUGACAAAUGGUUAUCUACCUUGGAAAGCACCCACUGGCUAGACUACACCAGGGCCUGUCUGAGGAAAGCUUCGGAGGUAGCCUGCCUGCUUCGCGGCGGUCACCUGACUGUGGCACUGCAAGAGGCGGACGACCGGGACAUGGGCUGUGUGGUGUCCAGCCUGGUGCAGGUGAUGUGCGACCCCCACUGUCGGACCCAGCACGGUUUCCAGAGCCUGGUGCAGAAGGAGUGGGUGAUGGCCGGCCACCGCUUCUACAGCCGCAUCAACUACCACCGCGACAACGACAAGGAGGAGGCUCCAGUCUUCCUGCUCUUCCUGGAUUGUGUUUGGCAGCUCUUGUCCCAGUAUCCCUCUCGCUUCCAGCUGACAGAUGACUUCCUUUUGGCCUUGCACGACAGCAUCCACCUGCCACUCUUCUCCAGCUUCUUGGCCAACUGCCAGCGGGAGAGAUGCAAACGCUCCCAGAACCUCAGCCAGUCCUACACGCCAGUCAAUGGCUGGAGAGAUGUGCUUCAUCCGGACUCUUCCUCAGAUCCCUCUGACCCUCCUCUGCCCUCGGUGUGGGACUGGUCCCUGCAGUACAGCAAGCACAGACGGGACCGCUUCACCCAACCCGUCCCCCCACUCCCUCCUCUCCAACCGCUGCUCAACGGCAACCUGAACACCAACCCAGACACACACAGGCUGACUGACACCAUCCCCGGCUCAGUCUUCCUCCUCUCUCGAGGCACCUUCUCUUGUCCUGCUAACCUGCUUCCCUGGCGCAGCGGCAGCGGCAGUUCAGGCGUUUACAAGAAGAGCCACCGCAGGGCGCCGUCCUCUGAGAACGUGCCCGGACUGGAGAGGCUGCUGAAAGCCUGGGCCCUGGCUGAGGUUCCCCAAGGACUCACUUCCUCCUCCGGACCUCAAGGACCACUUGACCCCUAUGAGCCCUUACUGCCUCUCCUCAUGGGGCCCUGCAUGGGCCUGUGGAGGGAGUGCUACCUCCGGGGGGCGCUCCAUGCACAGGCGUUCUCCCACCCCGUCUCCGCAAACCACCCCCACCCCGUGGAGCGGCUGGCCCGGGAAGUGCAGCAGCUCAAAGACAAGCUCGCACAAGUGUCCAUCAGCACGGAUCCAAACCCACCCACCAAGACGGCCGAGCCCCGGAGGACCGACACCAACCUGAACCAAAACACCAACAACGGCACCUUCCUCUUCCCGGCGUCGAGGCCUCAGGGCACGACCAUGCCCAGAGCGGCGCCCCCUCCUACCUCCACCAACCACCAGACCUCCAGGGGCCCUCCGCCCGCUUCAGCUCCACCAUCCAGGCCCGGCCACAAAGACAAUGGCGGCAGCAACAAGCACACCUUCCUGUUUGGUCACUCUUCGGUAGCAGAGGCCCGCCCUGACCAGCGCUAUUACCCAGCACCCAGUAACGCCAAGCUGCCUAAGAGCAACGGGUCCUCGAUAGCUUCCUGAGGUCUGGACCUCGUCUGAACUGUUCUCAUAUAUGAUACAGACCUGGUACUAUAACUAAAUCACCUGCCUGCACAGUAUGAAACUGACAGAUCUCUCACUGGUGUCGUGUACAGAGGAGACCCAGCCGUGCGUUUCCUGUCAAACCAUAUUUGAUUGACUACAAACAUUUAGGUGGACCACAGUGCAACAGUAUGAAAUAAUCAGUGCAUGAGCUCCUGACUCUGCUACUCAUCAUCUGUACUGUAUAAGAAAUGUGACUGUUUUGUACAUUUGUAAAGAAAACCUUAGUGUUCAAUAUUCCACCACUGAAAUAUAUCUAAGACAAAAAGAAUAAGGUCUGAAGAUGCUUAACAGUGUGUACCAAGAGAACUUCAGAAGCACCUCUUUCAGUAUCUUAACAUGCAGUAGAAACUGUCAUGACACAUUUUGUAGACGUCACGUCACCCUGCAAGAAAAAAAGAAAGCUUGUAGUUUCCAUUUUUAGCUUCUUAUCCAGAAUGGGACACGGAUAGUGGUGUGAUAAUGUGACAGGACACAUAGUAGUGAAUAGACACACAUCUGCUUCUCACUGGAUCUGACCUUAGAUCUUUAUUAAGUCCUGCUAAUGUGCAAAAACACACAAUCAUUUCUUAGUUCUUCUGUAUCUAAAAGUAGACUAUUGUUUGGACAGUGAUCAUUUUUGAAAACCGUCUUUUUUUUUUUUUAACUGCAGGCGCUGUGACCGGUGACUUUAAUGUGGAAUUUAGGGCAUGAGAGCUAUUUUGGUACUGCUCUCAUAUCUCUCCACUCGCAUGCAUGCUUGUGAGCAGCGAGAGGCCUGUAUUCAGAGUGUUCUGUUAGCCUGGAUGUGGCUAAAGACACUGCAUAGAAUUACAGUUUAAUUCUGUUCCUUUGCUGCAGCUCCUAAUUAUAUAAUCUUAUCUAAACUUUCAUCUUUAUUUUAGUAUUAUUGACCAUUAUCGGUCUAAUUGUCGAUGUCAUACAUGUAGAUAAGUGUGAUUUCUGACUUGUUUCUGACCAAAUUUAGUAUUAUUUAGAUAAAUGUUUUCAUCAGUUUGUGGUGGAAUUGGAAAAACACGAACAUUAUUCAGCCUUUUUGAUUGCCGUACCUUGAGAAGGUACCAGUGUUGGAAGCAAAAGGGAAGCUUAUUUCUUCCUGUGUUUACUUUUCAUGUCAUCUCUCUCUUUUUUUUUCCAGCCUGGAGGUGUAUUAGUAUGCAGCCAGCAUUUAGGUCAAGGACUUGGAAGUGUCUGACUGUAUUUUUAAAGCACAGAGAGGAAGUAUCUGGUCCUGCGCCUUUAAAUCCAAACAGGUUGUCGUUCGCAUGAUGUGGGUGUCAAGUAGAUGCACUGGCGUCAUCCCCACGGACGGGUGAAAUUGUUACGUGUUUGAAAAAGCAUGUUUUGCUAAAUCUCAUUUUCGGCAGGAUAACAGUUGUCAGAUGUACGACUGAUGCCGACCUUCUCUCAUGUCAAAAACGUACCUCACUUGAUAGCACUAUGAAUUAUUAAAUUGCUGUAAAUAUUCAUCACAUCAAUAUCAAGGCACAUUGAUAUCAGCUACAAUUUCAAAGCUUUCCAGGUGUGAUGCCAAUGCAUUCGCUUGUCUUCCAUGGAAAAACAAAAACACAAGGUCAUCUUUGUCCAGUCGCAUGGAAAAUCUAACCCGAUCUCCCGCUACACCUGUCGGUCUGUAUCGUUGUAUAAUUUAAUGUUUUUUUUGGUACGAACGUCACUCAAAUUUGCCAGAUGUACAUAUUUUUUGUAUCAGCAUGUUUUGAUCCUGAUAAAUAAAAAAGUGUUAUCAGUU